CCGACUACAACUCCCAGAAGAGGGGGCAGCCGCCUCCUUGUUGUUUUUGAUUAAUAUUCCCUAAAGCUGCAAAAUACGUUAAACAACCAGCCGCACAUCGCCUCAGAAGGGAGGAGGGAGAGGCGAGAGGCGAGAGGCGACGCAGCCCGGACUGGUGCCCUAAUUCGUGGAGCAGCCGGGCGGGAGGGAAUGAGUCGCUGUCGGGUUGAGGCCCGGGGCGGGUUGGCCAGGCCGUUGCCUGUCAGGCCGUCCGUGUUGUGACAUAGUUGACCGGUCAGGUGCCGGGCCGGCGCGGCGGUGACGACAGUGUUAACGGCUCCUCCUCGAGCUCCAUCAUGACCAAAUGAACACACGGGGAAUGAAAUUUAAAUUUCGUAAAGGAGAACGAGUCCUCUGCUUCGAGCCAGACCCGACAAAAGCCAAGGUCUUAUAUGAUGCCAAGGGAAUAACACACCAUGAUCGUGACAUCCAAGCCAGACUGUACAAAUAGAAAUAUAUUCUACUUGGGUCAAGUAUGAGAUAUUGUUGAUGUAGAAGUUGGUAGAGAUGAGAAAGGCCGAAAAAUCCCAGAAUAUCUGAUUCAUUUUAAUGGUUGGAACAGAAGCUGGGAUAGAUGGGCAGCAGAAGAUCAUGUACUUCGUGACACGGAUGAGAAUCGCAGAUUACAGCGUAAAUUGGCCAAGAAAGCUGUGGCUCGCAUGUAAGAAUAAUUUACGUGAUGAAAAACAAAGGGAAAAAGAAACGUCGUUGCCGGCUACCUGGUGUUGACUCAGUGCUAAAAUGUCUUCCUAUUGAUGAAAAAGAAGAGAAUGAUGAAAACUCUUUAAGUGCUACUUCUAAUGAUGACGUUGAUGACGAUGAUGAUGACGAUGAAGAUGAUGUAGAUGGUUCAGAUGAAGAAUUAUUAGACUGUGAAGAUGACAGUGAACCAGAAGAGAUAGUAGAAAUGAAGGAAGAUCAAGAGACUUGCUCAAAGAAGGAAAUGGAAGAGAAAAGUAUAAACAUAGAAAUUCCUGAAAUCCUGAAGAAGAAAUUGGAGGAUGAUUGCUAUUAUGUCAACAAAAGGAAAAAGCUGGUGAAGCUGCCGUGCCAGACAAACAUUAUUAAUAUUUUGGAAUCCUACGUGAAACAUUUUGCAAUCAAUGCAGCUUUUUCAGCUAAUGAAAGAUCUCGACAUCAUCAGAGCAACUCGCAGAUUCCAAUGAACCCUCAUUACAUUCCACCUGAGAAGAAUGUUGAACUUUGUAAAGAAAUGGUGGAUGGUUUAAGAAUUACAUUUGACUUUACUCUGCCUAUGAUUUUGCUCUAUCAGUAUGAGCAUGCCCAGUUCAAGAAGAUUACUUCAUCCAAAUUUUUUGUUCCAAUCAAGGAAACAUUGUCACACAUUAGGCCUCAGAAGGAACAUUCACCAAGUCCUCCGCCUCUUCUGAACCCAUCAACCCCUCAGUCCACAGACAGCCAGCCAUUAUCAGGUGACCCUUCAACACCAAAGCGACGUAGGAUUGAUCCUGAAUCUGUUCAGUCAUUGAGGCGGUCUACGCGGCAUGCAUCAGGCUGUGAUAGAUUGUCUGAAAGCAGUGCAUCUCCUCAGUCAAAGCGCCGGUUUUAUGAAUCUGCCACCCAAAUGCCCAGGUUACUUUUACACUUGGAGAAAAAAACGCCAGUCCAUAGUGGGAGUUCAUCUCCUGUCGCCCUCACACCGAGUAAAGAAGGGGUUGCAGUAUUUGAUGGCAGAAGGAGUAAUGAACUGAAUGAGGUAUUGUCUUGGAAAAUGAUGCCAGAUAAUUAUCCAUUAACUGAACAGCCUCCUGCGCCCUCUUACAUCUAUGGAGCUCAGCAUCUUUUGCGACUGUUUGUGAAGCUGCCAGAGCUCUUGGGCAAGAUGCAAAUUACUGACAGGAAUCUGAAAGUCUUGGUAAAGCACCUCGAGUUGUUUCUUCGGUUUUUGGCUGAAUACCAGGAGGACUUUUUUCCAGAAUCUGCUUAUGUAGCUGCAUCCGAAGCUUACUAUUGUACCAAGCGUCCUCAGGCUAUCUACUGAAACAUAAGCAGAGCUGCAAAUUAACCUUCAUUGUUACUUUUAGCCUUGUGGUUAUAGGUUGAAGAACGUAAAUGAUCUUCAGCAGCUGCCAACAAAAGAGGGCUUACGUUCUCUUAAGUAGUGCUGCCUGUUGGAAAUCUGUUGA